ACACGGCUGUCGGUCUUCGGCGCGGGACGGAUCCUCUUCUGCACCUUCUUGCACCGCAACAUGGCGACAGAGUUCCAUAAUCUGCAGGAGCUGAGGCACAGUGCAUCACUGGUAACAAAGGUGUUUGUACAGAGAGAUUACAGCCAAGGAACCGUCUGCCGCUUCCAGACCAAGUUCCCCUCAGAGCUUGACAACAGGAUUGAGCGAACCUUGCUGGAGGAGACGGUGAAGACCCUGAACUCUUAUUAUGUCGAGGCGGAAAAAAUUGGAGGUCAGUCGUACCUGGAAGGAUGUCUGGCCUGCGCCACAGCUUACAUCGUCUUCCUCUGCAUGGAGACGCGCUAUGAGAAGGUGCUGAGGAAGAUAUCAGGCUACAUCCAGGAGCAGAAUGAGAAGAUCUACGCUCCUCGAGGUCUGCUGCUCACCGACCCCGUAGAGAGAGGAAUGAGGGUUCUGGAGAUCAGUGUCUUUGAAGACCGGGGCUCGGGCAGCUCCAGUCCCAGCAGCAGCAUGUCAUCAGCCGCCAGCAGCGCCCGGUGACUGGAGGGGCAGCGCCAGGCUUACGGGUACCACCACAGGGGCAGCGGGACACUCACCAACAUCCGCAUGCUGAAACAUGAGAGCACCAGGUUCUAAGACGAGUGGAGAGAACAAAGGCAAGGAGGUGAUCCACAGCAUUCACACUCUCCCUGCUGGAGUCUUUAUGACGUACCACCACGAGAUCAGGAGCUGGCCCACACAAACACACUGGAUAUGCAACAGAAUCAACACAAGUACAACAGAACCCACACAUAGGCAGCAGACACAUGUACAAGCCAACAUCCGGAGUGUCUGCGAGGGAAUAGAUUUCACUUUCCAACAGCUAUCCAACCCAAAAUAAUCAUUUUUUUUUUUUGUUCCAAUUUUUCCAUUCACCUUUUUUCUCAUUCCUUCACGUCUGUUUCCAUGAGUCACACCAUCUCCGUGGUAAAGCUUAUUCAGCAGGCUUAAGCUUGAUUAGACUGGACAUCAAUGCUUGAUUGUGUUCAGGGGGGUCACUGUCAUUGCGACUAUCUGCUGAUGCACUGGUUGUGUAGUGUCAGGUCUGUGCAGCAGCUCUCAACUCUGAAAGGAGGGAAAACUACCGGCCCCCGGGGAGGACCAAUGUUCUCGCCUCUCACUGAAUGAUUGCAUUCAUGUUAAGGUGGUUUGGGUCAAGCUGCUUUGAAUGCUGGCAAAUUGGUCCUUCUGUGGGACGACGCGGGUCGAUGCUCCGUUCACAUGCAUUUGGCUUCAGUAUCAAGCAGCUAACAGAGAGCACCUUGGAUUAUUUAUCCUCCUCAUCCACAGCAGUGGAUACGGGUGAUCCACAUCACAGCUGCAGGUCACACACUCGCUCGCACGCACACAUGCAUACACUCCCAUGCAUACAGAUGCACACAACCCUCAAGUGUUCAUACAGACACAUGCUAGGGACAUGCACGCACAUACACACAUAUGCACUCCAGUGGCAAGUGGCCAUGCAUUACCACACACACACACACACACACACACACCGAUUCUGGCAGAGAUAGUCAACCCAUACACAGACAGAGCUCUCUUUGCUCUCAGUUCAUUAAAAACAAGAGCAAAUCUAGACCCUGAUGAAAAACUAGUUUCCCUGGUUGUGCGCAUGUAAUUUACAUGUAUGUGAUAUGCAUGUGUCUGUGUCAUGAGUCACAGCUUUACCUCGUAUGAGAUGAAAACUCGAUAAUUAAGGAGCCAGGGGAGUCGGAGAGCAAGGAUCAGUGCAGUAAGUGACAAACCCACAUUCUGAGAACACUGAAACUGUGUGGGUUGUUGUCUCUGCAGCUCUCUGGUUAAUGACAGGUGUAUAUUUAUAGGGUUGUGUAGGAAAAUCAGCCCACACACAGUUUGAUACCUGAACCAUUAUUAUUCUGUAUGGCUUUUAUGCAAGUACUUUUUUUUCAAUUGUGCAAAAUGAUGAUUAUGCGCACACUUAAUUAGAGAUUACAUUUUUACAUUUAAAGUGUGCCUGUUUCUUGGUGCUAUUUGUCUUUUGACACUUUAUCAGAAAUACAGGGAUCUGCUUGUGUCAUUCAGCGAAACACAGUUGUAGCUCCCUCUAGGGUCAAAAAGAGGAAGUUCACAACCUCUGACAGAAAUCAGGACUGAGGGUUGUAUGAUUCAAAUAAUUUCUGUUUCCUUAAUACAACUAAUAUCAAAACAAAACUACUUAUUCCUUCUGCCGCAAAAACAUUAUCUUCACUCCACACACAUGAGGUGCUGCAGCCUGAAGAGUAAAAACUUUCCUGGUUGGAAAUAGUGCAUCCUGUCUGUGUGCGGAGGCUGAUGAGACAAAAGAUUAUCAUUAUGUAGGAAAAUAUGCGACAGCACACCCACACAGUGUCCAUCGAAAGAGAAGACUUCAUGAAAAGAACUUUCACUGUUUCCCGGUAACCCUGUUCUCUGCAGAUCUUAUUUACAUUGCCAUAGUUUCAUCUUUCAUUGAUGUUUUUCAGUUUUCUUUCACCUUACGUCAUAUCAUGCAUCUUAAUGAACUCUGGUACUGUGAAACUUUCUUUAGCCACAUUUAUAAAGACGAGCAAAACCCUCCGCAGAGCCUCAUCUUUACAAUCGGGACCCUACUUUCACCAGAGGAGUGACAAGUUGAAGUUAAACUAUUCACUGGGACGUCUUUGAGGAAUUGAAUGUUUUUGAUUUCAAAUCCAGUGUGAUAGUUUAAAUUCAACCCUCUCUGCCACUUGGUUGAAUGAGAUGAACUGACACAGACAUUUUCCCACAGCAGCUGAGUUCUAGUUGUGCUUGUGUUCAGCCUCCUGUGCUUCGUGAUGCCUUCAUGUUUCAUCCCAGUGGAAUGGAUACCCAACCUGGGGCUGAUGGACUGAUUCUUUUGAUAUGGACUCUGCCAAUAAGCGAAUAAAGGAGCUCAUUGGACAAUGUACAAAGAAAAAACAAAGAGUGUAUAUGAACUGUACAGUAGAGGAGCUGUACCGUACAAGCUUGUCAAUAUUUAUCCAGUGUAAAGAAGUGGAUGGAAAUGCCAUGAAGCUGUUUAAUUCAAAAACAUAAUCGUUGGCUCCUGUUAGUUCCUGUUUUUGUUUGGAAAUGAAAUCACAGAGCAGCUAUGAAAGCCAGGAGCUGCUGUGUGGUUUCCUCUGCACAUGAAGAUGAUGUUUUAUAUUAUUUAGUGUUGCACAGAAUUCACAGUUACCAGAUAGUGGAUCAUAGAUUUUUCCUCUAGUGCCACCAUGAGGUUGACAUUUGUGGUUUUGAAUGAAAUAUUGAACCAUUGGAUACAGUUCCACAGAAUUUGGUUAAUUGUUGCUAACAGGAUGAAUUUUACAUGAGCUUCUUGUUUAUUUUGUCCAACACAAUGUGUUUUGACCAAAUACCUGCAAAAUGAAAUCCUUUUUCCUCCUUUCUUCUUCUUAGUCUAUUAUGUAUUGAGACACCCCCACGUGAUAUUUAGCCUAUUUACUUUCAAAGAAUAGGAAAAACUACCCGAUAAAUGUCCAUUACAACCAAUAACUCUUUCAGUGACCCUUGAUGAACAGAUUAAAAACAUAUCUGAACCUGUCCUUAAAGACUUAGGUGUAAAUGAAGCACUUUGUCCCAUAUUACAAGGCGUUAUGUAGCUUGUUCUUUCAGGAAUGACUUCUUUGAUUAAUGAAGACAAUCGACAGGGGUGAAGAUUAUGAGAUGGUAGCAAAUGUAUUCUCGUAAAAUGAUGUGUUUUUUAUGACAAAGGUACAUUAUCACUGCGCAGAUUAAACUUUGGGUCCUUGAUCCUCCAUCAUACUGACUGUCAGGAUAGGAGCAAUAAAACCUGCGGUCCAACUGAUGAUGUAUUGUCCAUUUCAGUAUAUAAAUCCUCACAUGCCAUAUGUAUGUAUCCUGUACUGUACUUUAGAGUGAACCAAGUCUGUGGAGUCACCAGUGUGCCCGGACACUGUUUGUAUGUUAUGCUGUUACAAGUGAUGGUAAAAUAUGAGAUGUCUUCCUAAAAGUAUAAAAGACGGUGUGUAGAGUCUUAGUGCCAUUUGAGUUCUGCGCUCUUUUGCCUCGUGGAGAUGAGAACUGCAUUGAUGUUUAAUGCUGCAUGAUGUGUGAGUAAACUAAGUGAGAUGAUAAAAAGUCAUGCUGCUGCGAGAGAGGAAUAUUAUAUCUUGAUGCUAUCUAUAUGUUUACAUCAGGUUAUUUGCAUAUUUAAAUGGAUUUAAUGUCUUUUUUAAUCUUAAAGCUGAUUAUUAUUAUUAACAGUAAAGUAUUGAGAGAAGAGUUUAAGAGAGGAGAAUAAAGUAUAUGAUGAUUAUUACGACUGCAGGCUGCUGUUCUGAGUUCAGUUCAUGCUGCUGUUGAGAAACUCAAUAUCUGCUGAGAUUUCUCUCUGUCUGUCUUACACACAUUUC